CACAUAUAUGGUAUCUCAACCUUCUACUCAGCUGAUCAAUGAUGCAAUCCCUAGCUACUAAUCUCCGCUCAUCACCGUCGUUUCACCACCGUUUUUCACCGUCGUCAAACAGUCGAAGCAGAAACAGUCAUGCUUCGCUUUCGUUCCGCAUUCUCAGACCACUUCAAUGUGUUCUUCAGUCUCCAUCUAUAGGUGCUGAGGAAGCGAAUUUCGUUGAAGCUUCAAGGAAAGGGAAUCUGGUGCCACUUCACAGAUGCAUAUUUGCAGAUCACUUAACGCCAGUGCUCGCUUACCGCUGCCUGGUUAAUGAAGACGAUCGAGAGGUUCCUAGCUUUCUGUUUGAGUCAGUGGAGCCCGGUUUCCGAACUUCACAAGUUGGUAGAUACAGUGUGGUUGGAUCUGAUCCAACAAUUGAAGUUAUUGCUAAGGAAAACAGUGUCACCAUUAAGGAUCAUGGGAAAGGAAGCUUGAUUCAGAAAGUCGUUGAUGAUCCGUUGGAAAUUCCGAAAAGUCUAUCUGAUGGGUGGAAACCUCAGCUUCUUGAUGGUCUUCCUGACGCUUUUUGCGGUGGGUGGGUUGGUUACUUCUCAUACGACACAGUUCGCUAUGUAGAGAAGAAAAAACUGUUGUUUAUAGAUGCACCACAAGAUGACAGAAAUCUACCAGACAUUCAUCUUGGAUUAUAUGAAGAUGUAAUCGUGUUUGAUCACGUGCAAAAGAAAGCAUAUAUAAUUCACUGGGUAAGGCUUGAUCAGUAUUCAUCUACCGAAGAAGCUUAUAGAGAUGGAAUUAAACGGUUGAAACAAUUAGUGUCUAAACUACAUUAUGUUGACCCCCCGAAGUUACUUCCGGGCUCUGUGCAGUUAAGCACGCAACAAUUCGGAAAUCCUUUGACCCAGUCAAACAUGACCCGAGAAGAUUACAAGGCAGCGGUAUUGCAAGCAAAAGAACACAUUCUUGCUGGUGAUAUAUUCCAGAUUGUUUUAAGUCAACGCUUUGAACGCCGAACGUAUGCAGAUCCUUUCGAGAUUUAUAGAGCAUUAAGAGUUGUGAAUCCAAGUCCGUACAUGACUUAUUUACAGGCUCGAGGGUGUAUCUUGGUUGGUUCAAGCCCGGAAAUUCUCACUCGUGUGAAAUCUAAUACGGUUGUUAAUCGGCCUUUAGCUGGGACUAUAAGAAGAGGAAAGACUCCGGAUGAGGAUGAACAGUUAGAGAAGAAACUAUUAACUGAUGAAAAGCAACGCGCGGAACACAUCAUGCUGGUUGACUUGGGGAGGAAUGAUGUUGGAAAGGUCGCGAAACCUGGUUCGGUUAAGGUAGAAAAGCUUAUGACCGUUGAACGAUACUCCCAUGUGAUGCACAUCAGUUCCACAGUAACCGGGGAGUUGCUCGAUGAUCUGACUUGCUGGGACGCCCUUCGUGCUGCACUUCCUGUUGGGACAGUUAGUGGUGCUCCAAAGGUGAAGGCAAUGGAACUAAUCGAUAAACUGGAAGUUACAAGACGCGGGCCCUAUAGUGGUGGGUUCGGGUCGAUUUCAUUUACCGGAGAAAUGGACAUGGCCCUUUCUCUAAGGACGAUGGUGUUCACAACCAACGCCCAGUUUGACACAAUGUACUUUCACAAAGAACACACCAAGAGAAAGCAAUGGGUGGCUUACCUUCAAGCUGGUGCCGGUAUUGUAGCCGAUAGUGUUCCAGACGAUGAGCAACAGGAGUGUGAAAACAAAGUAGCUGGCUUGGCUCGAGCCAUUGAUCUGGCUGAGUCAGCCUUUUGCAAAUGAGUCAGCAUUGCUUUUAAUAAGCCAGAAUUAUGUACAGUUAAUGUAGAAUCAAAGGGGUGGCUCGCAAGCUUUAUGUACAGUUGCAUUUGUGUAAGGGUUUUACCAACCGGUUCGGCUGGUUUGAUAUAAAAACUCUAGACCAAACCGCUAA